UCAUUUUCCCUCAUUCGCCUUUCACUUCCUUUGCAAAGAAACAGACAUGGCUGCGGCUUUGGUUGGAGGUGCUUUUCUCUCAGCUUCUCUACAAGUUCUAUUUGACAGGUUGGCUUCUCGCGAGGUGGUGAAAUUCAUCAGGGGACACGAGCUCGAUGAUGCACUCCUCAAGAAGUUGAAGAGGAAACUGCGACUGUCCAUGCUGUGCUCAAUGAUGCGGAGGCCAAGCAAAUUACAAACCCAGCAGUCAAAGAGUGGAUGCAUGAGCUCAAAGUUGUUGUCUAUGAUGCUGAGGAUGUAUUGGAUGAGAUCGCCACUGAAGAUCUACGAUGCAAGAUAGAAGCUGCGGACACCCUGACCAGCAUGUCUACCUGGGUUCAUCCUCCACUUGAUAUUCAAAGCAUAAACUCUAGGGUGGAGGAGAUCAUUGGUAGACUAGACGAUAUCGCACAAGACAGAGACGUCCUCGGGUUGAAAGAAGGCGUUGGUGAGAAAUUGGCACAAAGGUGGCCUUCUACUUCUUUGGGAGAUGAAUCUCUUGUCUAUGGCAGGGCUCAAAUUAAGGAGGAGAUGGUUCAACUGUUGCUGUCUGAUAAUGCAAGGAGUACUGAUGCGAUGGGUGUGAUCUCCAUAGUCGGCAUGGGUGGCACGGGAAAAACCACACUUGCCCAGCUGCUCUACAAUGACCAAAGGGUGAAGGAACACUUCGAAAUCAAGGCAUGGGUUUGUGUUUCCGAAGAAUUUGAUCCUAUCAGAGUUAAGAAAACAAUUCUCGAGGCAAUCAAUUCAUCCACGUCCAAUACCACUGAUCUAAAUCUACUUCAGGUUCAACUGAAGGAAAGAAUUAAUAUGAAGAAUUUUUUACUUGUACUGGAUGAUGUUUGGAACGAAGACUCUUGUGACUGGGAUACACUACAAACUCCACUCAUAGUCGGGGCAAAGGGAAGCAAGAUUAUUGUAACUACGCGAAGCACCAAUGUUGCAUUUGCCAUGCGUGCAGUCCAUACUCGUUGUUUAGGUGGGUUAUCCUCUGAAGAUGGUUGGUCCCUGUUCAAAAAACUUGCAUUUGAAAAUGGAAACUCAAGUGGGCAUCCACAACUAGAAGCAAUCGGAGAAAAGAUUGUCCACAAGUGCCAAGGUCUACCGCUGGCUAUAAAAGCAAUGGGGAGUCUCCAACACUCCAAGGUUGAAGCAAGAGAAUGGGAUGAUGUAUUAAAUAGUGAAUUAUGGGAUUUACCCACAGAUGCUGUUCUUCCUGCUCUGAGACGUGGAGAAUUCCCUCGUCUUCAGGAGCUUUGUAUAAAUGAAUGUCCCAAACUCACUGGGAAAUUACCAAAACAGCUUCGUUCAUUGAAGAAACUUGUAAUAAUUGGUUGUGAGUUGCUUGUUGGCUCCCUCCAAGCUCCUCAAAUCCGUGGAUGGAAAAUGUCGUAUCAUGGUAAAUUUCGGUUGAAAAGGCCAGCUUGUGGGUUCACUGAUCUCGAAACUUCAGAAAUUGAAAUUUCAGACAUCUCUCAAUUUGAAGAACUGCCACCACGAAUACAGAUGCUAACAAUCAGAGAAUGUGAUUCGAUAGAGUGGACCCUUGCACAGUGUUGGUUUACCCACUACAUUGAAGUCACUAAUUAUCUGGGAGUGUACCAAACGGGAGUGUACCAAGGAAUGCCGUAUCCAUUCCUUGAACAUUUAUCUAUUCUUGCUGUUAGCAGCCGUAAUUAUUUCUCAUUAUCUUUCUCAUUAAGCAUCUUUCCACGGUUGAACAAUCUCUACAUCUCUAAUUUCGAAGGGCUUGAAUUCCUCUCCAUCUCCGUUUCAGAGGGGGAUCCCACGUCUCUAAAUAGUUUGGAAAUCAAAGAGUACCCUGAUCUUGAAUAUAUUGAAUUGCCUGCUCUGGAGUCUGCACGCUAUAAGAUCUCCAGUUGCAGGAAGCUGAAGUUGCUGGCGCACACACACUCAUCGUUGCAGGAAUUGAGGUUAAUAGAUUGUCCAGAAUUGUUGUUUCAGAGAGAUGGUUUGCCCUCCGACCUGCGUGAAGUUGCAAUUUUAUCCUGCAACCAACUCACAUCUCAGGUGGACUGGGGUUUGCAAAGACUGGCCUCUCUUACAAAAUUCACAAUCAAUGAUGGAUGCCAAGACAUGGAAUCAUUUCCCAAUGAGUCCCUACUGCCCUCCACACUUACCUCUCUUCACAUAUCUAAUCUUCCGAAUCUCAAGUCUUUGGACAGCAACGGGCUUCGACAUCUUACCCCUCUAACAACAUUAUCCAUCUUCAUUAAAAAACGGACUUAUUUAAAACAAGUCUCGUAUAAAAGAUGGCAAGGAUGUGUACUCAUCAUUGGACCAGCGAAACAAUAUCCAUGA